UAAAAUAAUUUGCGAAACACCUUUAAGAAUGACUGGCUAAAGUAGAUUUUUGUCGGAAAUUUUAAUAUUUUCGUUAAAAGAAAACGUGGGAUAGAAAUCUACUUUCAAGUGUGGAAUUUAUUAAGUCUGUGUUUUUUUACACCCUCUUUGCAUUACCAAAUCAUCAAAUUCAUAAAAACGCGCGGAUAUUUAAUAGCAGUUCUGAGGUACAUUUUAAAAUCGCGUCCCAUGUCCCAUAAUUACAUGGUAAGAAAAAAUCUCGUCAAUUACUAGAAAUAAAAUAUUUGGACUGUUAAAUUGCUCCUGAUUCCAGUUGCUGCAAUUUAUAUUUAAAAUUAAAAUCACAUUAACCUUGAGCAUGAAGAUUAUUUAUUCAAAUCGGCAAAAUUAUUUACAGUCCAGGCAUCGAUGUAUAAACAACUCGUAAACGAUAACUGCGAUAAUGUUGCUUCUUGUUUGCUUAUGUGUGACGACAAUAAUAUUGUUGGGGUUUAAAUAUUUAUAUCAGCCCUUAAAAGGUUAUGUCCGAUCUAAAAAGUUGCUUAAUAAGCUACCUACUCCAAGGGGUAGGCUUCCGAUAAUUGGACAUUUAUUGCAGUUUAUGUGCUCACCAGCCGAAUUUUUUCGAAAACUGACAGAAACCGACCUGGAACUAUUCCCGAUAUACGCUGCUUUCAUCGGUCCAAUAGUCAGAGUUGUUAUAUUGGGACCAAAUGAAAUAGAGAGUGUCGUUUCCACGAUGAAACAUAACAGCAAAGGAAAAGUAUACACAUUUCUUAGCAACUGGCUCGGGGAAGGACUUUUAACUAGCGCAGGCGCAAAAUGGCAAUCAAGGCGAAAAAUUCUAACACCAGCAUUUCAUUUUUCCAUUCUAAAAGAAUUUUUGGGAAUUUUCAACAAGGAAACCAAGUCACUAGUGGACAGGCUUCUAAAGGAGUGGCAAAGACCAUACAUUGAUAUUAUACCCCUAAUAACAAAUUUUACUCUUUUAUCUAUAAAUGAAACUUCAAUGGGAGUCACAUUAGACGCCAACACAGAUGAAGGUAUGAAAUACAAAAACGCUAUUAAGGAAAUGGGAUACUUGUUAUUUCAAAGAUUACGAAGCCCUUGGCUUCACAGCGAAUAUAUCCAUUCUUGGGCGCCGUUAGGUACAAAAGAGAAGAAAAUUGUUAAUACGUUAAACGUAUUCACGGAAAAAGUAAUCAAAAAGAGAGAGCACAACUUUCAAGGAAUAGAAAUCCCGACGGAGGAUCUGGCCGAUUUUUCUUACAGUGGAAGGAAGAAGUUGGCUCUUUUGGAUUUGCUGCUAAAUGCGAAAUUGAAAGACGGAACUAUCGAUAGUAAGGGAAUUCUGGACGAAGUGAAUACUUUUAUGUUUGAGGGUCAUGAUACGACCGCAAUGAGUUUGGUAUUUACGCUUUUGUUACUGGCAAGCGACGAAAAGGUUCAGGAUAAAGUCUACCAAGAGAUUGUUCAAGUGCUUGGCAAUAAGGCAAGCGAGAGCCCCACAUUUAGCCAUUUACAAGAAUUGCAUUUCAUGGAGCGGUGCAUCAAAGAGAGUCUGAGACUUUAUCCCAGCGUUCCAUUUAUCGGUCGCGAAUUAAGCGAGGACGUGGUGACCAGCAAAGGAAUUAUACCAAAAGGAACCCAAGUUGACAUUCACAUUUACGGACUUCAUAGAAAUCCCAAGGUGUGGACGGAUCCAAACAAAUUUGACCCUGAUCGAUUCUUGCCUGAAAAUUGCAUUGGACGUCAUCCAUAUGCUUAUCUACCUUUCAGCGCGGGACCUAGAAAUUGUAUAGGACAAAAAUUUGCAAUUUUGGAGAUGAAAGCAGUAUUGUGCGGCAUUUUGAAAAAAUUCCGCCUCGUUCCGAUAGACCUGCCAGAAAAAUUGACACUGUUUCAGGAUUUGGUACUUAGACCUCUUGGAGAAGUCAAAGUUAAAUUUAUUUUGCGAUAAAAUGUCUUAAUGGAACGUAAUUAAAUAUUGUGCUGAUUUUCGUUAUUUGUAUAAUAAAUGAUAUCCGUAUACUUGGUGGCCAAAUAAGUGUAAAAAGUUCGAAAAGUACAACUGGAACCCUUAAUUAAUAAUCCUGUUACGUUUUUAAACCAACAAAAAUUGUUCAGCUUCAAAUUUAUUUCGUCCAAAAAACAAAGCCACAAACUAGGGGAAAUGUGCCCGUGAUGGACCAAGGCGAUUGAUGGACUACUAGCUGUAUUUUCAAAUGUAGCGCGAAUAAGGCACUGCCGCCCUCUUAUUAGGGUAAUUGGAGUUCAUAUUCAGUUAUUUACGAGCGAAGGAAAUAUCAGCCGUUUGUUGGAAAAUAAUAUAUUAAGUUAAAUUUGGUGAGUAUUGAUAUAACAAGGUAGUUUAGCAUGAUGAUAGGUUACGCUUUUUUAUGCUUAGUUAUAAUCUGUUUUAGUAACCGCUUCUUAAAGAAACUGUUAUGUAGUUAUCAAAGGGUGAUAAUUGCGCUUAUGGGCCUGUAUUCACUUUGAUUAGUGAUUAGUAGUGAGGGUAAUUAGUGCAGUGGUGUAGUGCGAGUAGUAUCCAAUCCUUGUUUAGUGACUUUGUUAAGUAAAUUCAGUUGUUAGCCGUCGACCAGCAAGUAUGGACGAAUAUGAAGAAGCAUGCUUACAAUUGUUGGGAGAAGUACUGAAAAAAAUAUUAAAUGCGGUGGUGUCCGAAGGCGAAGAACUUUUGGAAGCUGGACUUACAAGACCAAGAAAAGUAUGGCUUCGCAAAUGGAUUAAUAGAAGACCCAUCCAUGGCACAAGUUACCAACUCUUCAAGGAAUUGGCUGCUGAAGAUACGACAGAAUAUUACUUUGCUCUCAGUUUAACUGAGGAGUCGUUAAAUAUAUUACUAAAUCUCAUUGCACCCCUUAUCCAGAAAUCCGAUACAUAUAUGAGAUCUGCUUGGCCGGCUAAAGUGAAAUUGUCCGCUAUUUGAUACUUAUUAGCUAACCAAGUUAGUUUACGCCUCUUGCUACAUCUAUUCAAGGUACCAAGAUCGACAACUUGUAACAUCAUAUAUGAAGUAUGCGAUGCUAUUUACAACGCACUGAGAGAUUACAUAAAGGUGCCUAACGGAGACGAAUGGAAAAGGAUAGAAAAAACUUCAGAAAUUUCUGGAAUUUCUCACGUUGCUCAGGUGCUAUAGAUGGGAAACACGUCACCCACAAAGCGCCACCAAACGUUAUUACUACAACUACAAAAAACUAAAACCAUAUAUGAUGAAACCAUAUUGUUGCGUAUACCCGCGAUAAACUACCCGUUUAACGUAGAUACACCUCGAUUCGGUUACGGUUAUUCCCGGUACAAAAAAAUUUAAGGAUGCGAAACGACCCUUUUCGCAUAACAACACUUUAUUAUUUUUGACGCAUUCAUCUCCUUGACUACACGGCCACACCGCGCUGUUGAAAUUUCGCGACAUGCUCCCACCCGAGACCCGUCCUAAACAUUACAAUAGAGUCUCGAAUUAAAACAUAAAGCCUUAACCUAACAAAAUCAGCCAUGUAACAAUUAAAAACUGUUAACUAUAAAAAUUAUUUAGGGAUUUGUGUUACUCGUCCGCUUCGUGUAGUCGCACUAACUAGUGUGUCGGGUACUCUGAUUUUUUUCGAUCUUGGGCUAUUUCUAGCUCAUCGCAGCUCUUGAGGCCCGAGUUCUAGAUCGAAGUAUAGCCAAGCCCCUCCCACAAUUUAGACGAAUCUAAAUACUUGAGGGAACACUCACGAGAUGGCAGAUCGGCGGGAUUCAAAACUCCGGGAACAUAACGCCAAUCUUCUCAUGACAUUAAAAGACGAAUUUCGGUCACAAGGCACAAAGGUACCCCACACUUCAUUUCGACGAAUCCACGAGAGGACGGUGGAGGAAUCGCUCCAAAAAUAACCUUUCACAUUCAUCUCUAGGGUUUGGACAACGGAAGCAUACAGUCUUGAACCGAUAACGUCUGCUAGCAGCGUGGAAUUGUAAUCUCUUUCAGAGGCGACACACGGCUCUUUGCUGCCAGUAAAUUCACAAAGGCAUCACCGUCCUGUGUGCAUCUCAGAAACAAAACAGCUGCAUAGGCGUUCUUACUAGCAUCUCAGAAAGUGUGUAGGCUCCAAUCAUUAGCUUCAUCGGGGAUCUUCACAUCCACUAGGUGUGGUAAUUCUUUGGUCCAUUGGCGAAAAGCACUUUCAAUUUCCUGAUUCGGUGUGACGUCCCAUCCUAUCUUUUCCUUGCAGAUUUUCUGCGGUAAUAACUUCGCAAUAAUGGUAGUCGGACAGGUGAAUCCUAUAGGAUCAAACACCUUUUGCGUUAAUGAAAGCAUCUAUCUCUUGGUGACAGGUUGAUCUGCUGUCUUGCCUAACUCUUCCAUAUAGCCUUUGGAAAUGGAAAAAAAUCACUGCUCGUAUCCCAGACUAAUCCUAGCAGAGGAGUAAGUGAACACUCUGAUGAGACGUCCAUUUUAAAACGGUUGAUGCCUGAUCUGCCACCCCCCGUAAGUCGAAACAGGCUUCGGCCAUAGCACUAGUAGACUCUGAUAAACUUGUUUAAGGUGAAACUUUCAGACACACUCGAAACACAAUUCUCCAAUCCUUUGGACAUGGGGCUUUAUUUCCCACGCAUCUUUCCAAACAACGAGAUAUAUGUUAUGGUAGCCCCUAACAAAACACCCCGAUUCGACGCGGUCUGAACCUGAGUAAGAUGUCCGGAAUUAGCUCAAUGAAGUCCACCCCCUUCUCAAGGAAUUGGUUCAAAGUGUUCCUUAGUACCCCUACUUUUUGAAUACCUCACUGUACUCUUCCAGAAUCCCUUCAGAUCUCAACUUCCUGAGCACAAUAUCCAGUCUCUUAUGUGCAACAUCGUAGUUACUUCGCAAUGGCGGAUGACCCUCCACCCAUGGCAGUCUGAUCUCAUAACGGCCCUCCUUAUCUACCUCUACUGUGUUGAGCAAAAAAAUCUCUUGCCGCCAGAGCUAACUCAGCUUUUGAUUUUUUUCUCGCUGGGCUGUGUGAUACCCAAAACAUCGAGUUGCCACAAGUGUGCAAGAGAUGCGUUAUUUACCAAAAGAGAAACGGCACUCAUUGUCAUACAGACUGAAGAAUAGAGUGGCACUUUGCCCAUUAAGGUCCAGCCCAGUAUCGUCUCAAUUGCCAUCAACCCGCAUGCUAGUGUAUAUUUUACCCGCCAUAUCUGCCCCUAACAGCAGCUCAAUGGGGUCAAAUUCGCCACAAUCAGCAAUGCGGAUAUUCAACCUCUCCAGUUCUUCAGUCUAGACGCCAUGAAGAACAGGAGAAAUAUCAUUACAAAUCACUGGUUGAGACAAAGCUUCAAAGGUAUGACUAUGAUUAUCAUGGCUGAAUUUUACCUCAUAACAGUCAUGAUUCUGAUCUGAAGUGACUCCUCCGAACAAACAGGCUACUAUCUUCUGCUUUCGCUGGGAAGAGUAGCUCAAAGACUGCGCAGUAGAUUUCAAAAUGCCACAACAAACUUUGCGCUUUGAAGCAAUUCUGACUCGCGUGCUCCCCGUGGCAAAAUAUACACUUCGUAAACCUGUCGCGGUAGGAACAUUCGACUCAACAGAGUUCAACGCACAACGUCUAUCUCCAAUUCUGCAACUUGAACCUUUCUAACCUUCUGUGGAUCGCAAACCGAAACUCUUAGACGCGAGGGAGAUCCGCUGCUCGUUCUCAAUUUCGUUUUGCAAAAACUGCAUAAGACAAUCUAAUCUUUUUUCUAAUGUUUCCCGCCGAAUUCUUCGGUUUACCGUAUGGUGAACGUUGCCACGCGCGUAUUAAGUCCGCAGGUAAGCAAGAUUCAAUGAGCGGAUAGAGCAUAGUCGCAUAUUUGUCAGAUGUUAUGCCCAGUAUUUCUAAUGCACGCAACUGUGUCUAGAUCUUAUCGGGAAGCGACGACAACUCAAUUUUUUUCUGCGACACUGCGUUAUCAUAAACCUCGAUUUGCAAGUCUUCACGGCCGAAUCGCGACGUUAAAGAGUUCACAAUCUUGCUAUAAUUAUCCCCCACAGCCGGAAAACUUUCUACCAACCGUCUAGCCCUACUGCCUGCUACGGUAGCUUGUGUCAAAUAUUCGACUUUAUCAUUUAAGUCGAUAUCACUGUCUUCAUGUACUUUCCGGAACUGGGACCAGAAGGACAGCCAGUCUUUCACAUUGCCGUCAAACUUUUUAAACUCUAUAAUGGGUAAGGUAAAUUUGCGCUUACCUCUUAUACCAACUGCAACUAUAACCAAUCUGGAGCAAUACUGUUCACACUUUACAUUUAACAAAGCAAAUCUUGAGUUAUAGACCUCGGUUGCCUCUAAUUCAGCCACUGGGUCCUCUUCAUUAGCAUUCUUUAUCAACAAGUCAAAAAUCUCCAGUCGAUUGUUUGGAGCUGCUCUGUUUUUUAUCGUAAAAGAUCCCAGGACACCCUCACGGCCUCCACGUGACUGGCCGUCAAAUUUUUCUCCAACUCGUUGGUAUUUUUCGUAAACACAGUGCGAAGCACCUUUCUGUGUUUCCGUUUCUGGUUAAGAACCAUCUCUGAACAAACAGAAGACUUUUAUAACGUAAGAAAGUCACCACGACAAACUGUUCAAAAACACCUAACGUUUGCCAAACGGGGGCAGCACGAAGCUAAAGUUCGUCUACGACCUUUGACGGGAACUUACGCCCGCGCGUCUUCCAACUCAAAUCCAACGAAAACCGCAAUCCGUCCUGUCACGGUCGCCACGAUAUGUUGCGUAUACCAGCGAUAAACUACACUUUUAACGUAGAUAUACUUCGAAUCGGUUAGGUUUAUUCUCGGUACAGAAAAAAUGUUUGGAUACGAAACGACCCUUUUCGCAUAACAAGACUUAUUAUUUUUGACGCAUUUAUCUCCUUCACUACACGACCAAACCGCGCUGUUGCCAACUUAUAAACUAAUCCUAACGUCGUGACAUAUAUGGUAGGAACCAAUUGACAUUUAAAAAAAAAUAAAUUUGAGAUUAACAAGGGCAAGACGAAUUGUCGAAAAUGCUUUUGACAUUUUAGUAAGUCGAUACAGAAUUUUCGAAAGGAUUCUACACUUUUUUCCCAACAAAGUGCACAAAAUCUUAAAACACUGUUGCGUCAUGCAUAACUGGGCGAGAAAAACCAAAGUACCCGUACAUGUCGCCACGGUUGAUAUACUUACUAUGAGAAUGCAGAUAGAAUUGCACAAAACAUAUGCAAAGAUUAUACAGGUUAUUUUGUAGGAAAAGGUGCAAUCUCGAAUGAUAAAUUCAAUUAAAAUGUUAAAUUGAAUUAAAAUGUGAUUUUGUGUCGUCAUGUAAUACAGAAAAAUAACAUAUUUUUUUACCUACCAAAUUACUUCCUGAGUCGCUGCACUGUAUAUUUAUAGCUUUUAAAGCGUCGUUCAAUAAUUUAUUUGUGGUUUAUAUACGUCAUCCGUUCCAGCUCCAGAUUUUGUAUUCUGUUUAACUCUUGUAAGUUUCUUAUUUUAGUAUAAACUUCUUUACUUCCAAAUCCCAGUAUGUUCAUAGCUUCACUUAUACGUAAAAGUGCCGCAUCUCGAGCUCCCUUCAUUUUGUAGCUAAAGGCUUUACAAUUAUGUUUUACGUACUCCUGCAUAAAUUUAUAGGUUAUAUCUUCGGUCCAUUUUGCCAUUGUUUGCACAACAAUACGAGAGUCAGACGCUAAACAGUAAACACUAAACUGCCUGUGCCUUGUCCAGACGUGUUUAGCGGUAAGCAAUCUGCGAGUGAACGGGUCGAGAGGCCGCGCGGGACGUAACUACUCGCAAUCCACGCGCAUAAAAAUAAAACACGCGACUAACUAAUCACUUGCACUAAUCAGUCGCUGUCCACAUUUAUUUUCUCCUAAUCACUAAUCACCUGCACUAAUCACUAAUCAAAUACAGGCCUUAUAGCAAAACAAAGAAUGAAGUAGCUUGAGAUUUUUCCGUGAUUUUUGGGUGACCUACGAUGGACCCCUUAUAGAUGGACCUCUUAUGGAUGGACCAGAACCAUCGAAGAAAAGGCAACUAUGGGACCGGUAUGACAUGCAUACAACACAGCACAAGGGUAAUUUGCAAGGAUAAAUAACAACUCUCUCCACAGCCAUCGAAGAGAUUACAGGUCAUAUAAUUCAUAUGAAAACACGUUUUUUUGUCUAACUUCUAGAAAUUUGCUGCCGAUGGUAUUUAACGUAGCAGAAAAAUGUUUUUAAUCGCGAAAUAAAGAUGGCAGGUUAGAAAUGGAUAAACACCGUCUAAUAUCGUGGAUCAGUAGAAUUGAUUAAUCGAAAAAAUCUAUAAUAUGGUAUCGCAUGAGACUUUCGUCGACACUUUAAAGAAAAUAUUGGAAAGAAAAAAAAGAAAGUAUGCUACACUAUUACUACUCAAAAUAUGUGAUGAUUAGAAAGUGUACAUUAUCGAUGGUUUAAUUGACGAGCUUUUCCAAGGAUUUUUGUGUAAAAUACUGUCUGAACAAAAAUCUUCUGAAGCAGCAACUCACAAGUUUAAAAGUGAUAAGCAUGACUCCAAGUGGAGUGGACUACAAGAAACCUGCCCACAUUGCCAGAUAUUCUUUCUUCAGGCCUGGAAACUCCCUAGAAAGCAAGAAAGCGUGAUGAAAGGUCAAGCAAUGUAGCUAUUGCAGUAGAAAAGGCUACCUUAAGGAACAGUGUUGGCACUUAAAUCCGGCUAAAGUGCGGCUGCGACAAAGGCAAGUAGCCAUAAAUAAUAGCUACAUUGUUAAUGUUUAUCUAAAUGGUGUUUUAUGCAAGGGUUAAGGGUUACAUACACACCGCAGGCCAGAUGAACGUGACCGACCAUUCUGUAAUAAAUAUAUUACAAAUAAAAUUGCAACCUUCCAGUAUUGUAAUUAAGAGUUUUGGGAACCAAAUAACUUGUCCUAAAGGAAUCGAGAUUGUAAAUUUUAAAUUUAAAAAUUUCUCUAUGAAAUCACAAUUACUUCUUUGGAUGAUAUUAACCAUAAAAAUAAAAUAAUUACUGUCCAGGGUGAUAAAAUCAAAAAUAAACAACUUUAUCCAGUAGUACUGAAUGGAUGGAGCAUAUGAUGUAUUGGAGGGUUACUUUAUCUACCACACUGUUUUGAAUAAACUUUAUUGACAUAAGGGCAAGAUUUUGGAUAGAGCUGUUGAAAUACAAGGCUGUGAGGUCUCUUAAAUGAAAAGAGAUUAAAAUUAACCUUGAUGUCUCAUAAAAAAUAAAAUAACGGCCGUAUCCAACUUUCCUACAACCAAAAAUUUACAUGAGUUGACAAAGUUCUUAUGGUUAACGAAAAUUGAUUAAAAACCAUGCACUUAUUAAAAACAAUCUGUCACGCAGUAAUGGAAUUCUGUGGAAACAAGUUUCUUUAUUGACAUUAUUGAGACUGAAUUGCAUACAUACAUCAGUAGUACGGGCAUCGCUAGCAUUUUACCUCAAGAACAUGGGGAUUCAUUUAAAGCUGUUAUGUUUUAUAGUCGCAUGACUAACUGAGGGUGAAAAAAUUACCACUCAUAUGAAUUAGAAACUCUAGCUAUAGUCGAGUCAAUAAACGUAUUUACAGCAAUAAUAACACAUUAAAUCUGUGACUUCAAAUGAAAGGGCCACUUGAAAUUGGUACUGGCAAUACUACGAAACCUCUCGACAUAGCCAAGGAUUAUAGAAUUAUAGAAUAUGGAAGUUUAAUCCAAUAUUGGAUUGAAAGUUGACGAGAAUAUUGCUUUAAACAUCUCCAGAUGUUCCACAGCAGUAGGUAUUAUUGAAAAGUUGGAAACGUUGUAUAGAAAGAAAAGUUAAAGAUCUAUCGACAUGCUGGAACAACAAUUUUUUGCCUACAAAUAUGAUGAAACGAAAAUUUGCAGUUGAAAAUUAUUUGCUAAUAGAUGGACUGGCGCAAGAAUUGAAAACAAGUAGAGAAGAUAUUAUUAAAGACCUUGCCUGUCUGUAGUUGAUGUUCACAAGUUUAAGGAAUCCACUGAAGCAAGAGGAAAUAUCUAUAAUGUAGUAUGGAGUUACGUGUUCUAUGAAUUAUAAUAACUAGUUGUUUGGACUAUGAGAGUACUGUCCAAGUCAUACUCUGUGGUUGGUUGUUACCAAUAAAUAAACUGGGGUAGGCAAUUACUUUUGAUAGCUUAGUAUGCCUAAGAAGCACUGGUGAGUGUUCUUUUAAUUUGUAUUAAUACACUUUGUGAAUUAAGAUGUUGACUUUUACUUAGGACUAGAAAAUCUUGAAUAUUACAUGGUGUCAGGUUUUGAUUUUUCAGAAGGCCAAAACGAAAAGUAGAAAACCAUAAUAUCCAAGUUGAUGCCCAUUGCUCACCCAAAUUAGACCAUUGUGCAAAAGGAGGGACAAAACAUUGAUAGUCUUUUAACAGAACUCUGUAAAGCAGUUAAAAUGAAAUAUAAAUAUCUAGAAGAUAUCGAACGAUCAAAAAUAGUCCAUCAUCCGGAAACAAGACGGAAGAAAAACUUAAGAUGAAGAUCCACGAACUCGAAACACUAGCUGAAGGUCAUAGCUCUAAUGCAAGUACAGAGUCCAGCCACAGCAGUGAUAGAUUUUUUGUCGAAGAAGUGAAAAUUGUAAAACUGUAGUUGCUAAGGAUGAUAAUACCACAUGGAAUGAAAAGGUGGAAAUCGACAACAAAAAGGUAAUUUUUAAAUUAACCAUUGCUGUAGAGGUGAGCGUAAAACCGCGUGUUCUAAAUUGUUCUGCUCCUAAUAAAAGUGCAAAAAUCUUGUUCAAAAGGUCAGUUGCCUUUAUUAAGCCCCCGAGCAUGUAUACAGUUAAAUUUAAUACAAAGAGUUGCUAAUAGACUUUGCCAAAAUGGCAAGAUGUUGAGUUCAAAAUGAUGAAGUUGAUUUUAUUUUUAUCUUAAACAUAAUGGAGACUUCAGUCAACGUGACAACAGGGCGUUGCACGCCAAACCGGGCUAGUCUACACUUUUGCUAGACGAGUAACAAUUUUUUAGGGUCACGAGACGUUCACGACACUGGUCGCGGCGAAAUUUUUAGUCCAUUUAUAAUUAAAUAGCCCCAAUAGAGAACGUGUUUUUUGGUUCUGUGUGGAAUUUUGAAGCAAUUAAGAAAAUUGAAAUUAGUUUUCCCAAACUGAUGGAGGAUAACUAUUUCGAGUGGUCGGCAAGAGUGAAGACUACUUUCAUCCAGAAGGGAAAUCUGUCGAUUCUGGUUUUUGUGCAGAACCGUGAAGAAGUAAUUAUCGUAAAAUAUCACAAGUAGGUAUUGAAUUGUGAAACCCAAACCCUCGCCUUAAUUGUUCUCAUUGGUCUCUCGCUAUGCUAAAAUAUGAAGGCACAGUAACGGAUUUUUUGAAGAAAAAUAUAUGAAGAGAGAUGAUUCCCAUGUAGCUGGUAAGGUCCCGAGCAGAGAAAUUGUUCCAGGCAGCUUCAUGCACCAAGAGAGCCGGUAGAAAGCUCAUCUGUUUCACAUGCGGCAAACCAGGUCACAAGGCAUGGAAGGGAGACAAGUUCAAAGAAAUGUUGAAAAGUACUGAACUAUCGUCAAUGGAGAAAAACGAAAAGAAAGCAUCAGUUUUAACAAACACUGGGGAUGUACCUGUGCUUUGUGUUCACAAUACUUCUAUUCCAAUGUACUGUUAGCCGGUGUACUCUACGCCCCCUCGCUGAAGGACAACAUCACUUCUAUGGGCGACCUGAAAAGAAGAACUGUGAAAAAUGAUGGGAAGUCAAUUGUCACUGGUGAAAUUAAACUCAUCUUAAUCACUGUUCACGUUGGUACACUGUGCUCAAUAACAGAAAAUGUUGAGGGUACUCUUAGCCCUCAGUUACUAUCGUGGGGUAUUUCGACACCUUAUAACCUAUAUUUUGUGCUACAGCUUCUAUGUUUUUCUAAUUUUAUUUUUUUGGUUUCAGGUAUUCUCACAGCUUGUCUAAAGCAGCAAAAACGUGCAAAAAAAGUUUAUUUUUUUUAACGUGUUUUCGAAAUAUUGACCUUUCGGGUGCCAAAACACCCCACGAUAUUACUUAAAGGUGUUUUGUUUUUUUUUGGUGGACUUACAAAAAUGAAAAGAUUUUUUACCCAAAAACAGCUUCAUCAACUUCGUGAGAAUUUUUAUGAUGAUGUGGAUGACUUAGAAAUUGAAAAUGAACAGAUUAGUGACUUAAGUGAUGCUCAAAGUCAGCACAGUGACCGCAACACUGGUUCCGAGUUCGAGGUCUCCUCAGAUGAUGACGAGGUUUUGUCAGCUGGUGAGAGCGAUAAUAACGACCUGGAGGAAGUUGGUGCUAACGAAUACUUGUAUGGAAAAAAUCGGUACAAAUGGUCCAAAAAUCCUCCGGCUCCCUCAAGGACAAGAAUGGACAAUUUAGUAUUACAUUUACCAGGGCUCAAAGGUCCAGCAGCUGCCACACCGCCUCAAUCGCCAUAUCCAUCUUGGUCACUUUUUUUUACUGAAGAUAUUUUAGCUGAGAUCCUGGAACACACUAACGCCAAAAUAACAGAACUUAGCGUAAGAUAUGGUCCUACCGCUUCCUAUCUAGGGCAUAUCGAUGAAAUAGAGCUCAAAGCAUUUCUUGGCAUAACGAUUCUUUGCAUUGUUUAUAAAUCCAAUCAUAAAGACUGUAGAGGUAUGUUUGCAACACACAGCACAGGGAGAGAUAUAUUUCGAGCCGCUAUGUCUAAAGAACGAUUUUUAUUUUUUCGGAAACAAGGAGACAAAGAAUUGAAUUGAUUGAUAAAUUGGUGAUAAACUGGCUGCAAUAUCAAAAAUUUAUGAAAUUUUUAAUUCAAAUUGUAAAUCAAAUUAUGUUUGUAGAGAGUUUGCUGUUAUAGACGAGAUGUUAGUUGGCUUCCGGAGAAGAUGUUCUUUCCGGCAAUAUAUCAAGAGCAAACCCAAAAAAUAUGGGAUCAAGAUAAUGUGCUUGUGCGAUGCUAAGACGCGCUAUAUGAUUAAUUCCUUUGUUUACACAGGAAAAACACAAGAUCAGAAUCCCAAGAAACUCUCAGUUUCUACCUAACAGAAAUCUCACAGGAGAUAAUUGGUUUAGUCCAAUAGAACUGGUGGAAGAACUGCGAAACAAUGAAAUUACAUAUGUCGAUACCCUCAGGAAAAAUAAAAGAGAGGUUCCCCAGAAUUUCUACCCAGUCGAAAUCGUGCUGAAAUGUAGUCAAUAUUUGGGUUUACCCGUAACAACACUAUAGUGUCCUAGGUUCCAAAAAAAAUAGGAGCGCGGUGCUUAUUUCUUCCAUGCAUCACACCUCACAAAUUGAUGAAAAUCAAAAGCCAGAAAUUAUAAAUUUCUAUAACUCCACCAAAGGUGGAGUUGAUGCUCUAGAUCAAAAAUGCGCUGCAUAUUCAUGUCAACGAUGCAGUAGAAGAUGGCCAAUGACUAUUUUUGGAGCAAUGUUGGAUAUUUCUAGAGUCAACAGCCAUACUUUAUUACUGGCAGCAAUGCGUGAAAACUUUGGAAUAACUCGCAGCAAUUUUUCCAUCGAAUUAGGAAAACAGCUUAUACAAGACCAAGCAAGAAGACGACUUGAAACUCCCGAGCUUUCUCAAAAUCUAAAAGGAAUUAUACAAACCUUACUGGGAGUUCCGCCCAAUCAAGAUCCCGCUCCAUGCGCCGUAAGAAAUUAUGGAAGGUGUUAUCUAUGUCCACGUCGCAAAGAUCGCAAAAUCAAGAUGACGUGUAAAAUCUGCGACGUAUUUGUAAGGAACAUUCUGAAGUUAUUGUAUGCUGCCAGAAAUGCCAGUAAAGGUUGCUAGCCACAUGCCUCAGGAACGAAGAACUCUAAGGAUUUUUUUUUUAAAUGAACUGUUUUUUUUUAAUUGGUUUUUUAAGGAACACAUGUCUUUUAGUUUUUAAUUUUGUUACCAUAAUGAAUAUUAUUAACCACAGAAUACAUUUUAAUAAAACUUAAUGUUAAUUUUUGAAAUAAUUAUUAGCUAAUUAACCCAAGAGUGACUAUACAUUAUCAGAUUUAUUUUAUAUCUUAAUAAAAAAAAAAUACAGAAUUUAAAAAUUUGGGGUGUCGAAACACCCCACGAUAGUACUUGCGUGACCCAAAAUAGACGAUAGUAACUGAGGGUUAAAAAAAUGCAAAAGAAGCUAGAAUUUUUUUUACAACAUGGCUUGAGAAGUUAGGACACGUACACCUUGAGGCAACCAAAACCUUCUUGUGGACUAUACUAGCACAGAAGUUGAAAGUGACAUGGUCAAAAACUGGGAGACGUGCAUAAACUCGAAAAGAAAGAAAUUGCAACCUUCUUAAAUAAAACGCUUCAGUGUGUGUUAUUAAACCCCCAAAAUUGAAGUGGUUAUGGGCCCAGAUUACAGAAGCGAAGGAUUGUAAAAUAAGAGCUGUAAACAGUUUGGAAUUUCGUACUUUUAGCUAUGACUGGAAUACAGAGCAAUACAGUGCCAAUUUUAGAAGCAAACAAUUUUAAUAAUUGGCAAGUCAGAAUUGUAACUUUGCUUCGAAGGGAAAACUGCCAAGAGGCCAUCCAAGGUAAUAAACCAGCAGAAAGUGUUACUUCGAAUGAAAAGGAGGAAUGGAAGAAAAAGGAUUAUAAAGCACAGUCAAUAAUAGUUCAAAGUAUGUCGGACAAACACUUGGAUAUUAUUAAAGAUUGCAAAAGUGCAAAGACGCAAAUUGAGGCAUUGAAAAAUGUGUUUGUAAGGUCUAGCUCUUUUACAAGAUUAUCCUGUUGGAGAAAACUGUUACAUCUAAAAACUACCGCGAAUGAAAGACUUGAAGACAUUUCCUAAAAUUUGAUACAAUUAUCAGGAGCAUGGAUCAGACCUAAGUGAGAGUGAUAAAGUUUGCCAUUUACUAUUGUCACUGCCUGUACAAUAUGAUACCCUUGUAACAGCUUUGGAGGUUAUUGGACGAGGAAAUAAAAAUGAAAUCAAAAGCUAAUUGUAGCAAUGAAGCUAGCGAAAUAGGCUUCAAUGUAAGUGGCAAGAAAUGUUUUGCGUGCUUUAGUCCCCAACAUUUUCAAGCAUAGUAUCCACGAAAAAAAGGGAACUUUCGAGGCAGGCAACAUAGAGGAUUCAGAGGUAACCCACGUGUUGAUAGAAGAAAAGGAAGUGUACAAACGUCGGAAGAUAGAAAUCAGAAGGCCAACACAGCCGAAGAAGACGCAAUUCUGUAUGCAGCAAAUUACGGAAAUCACAUUGAAGGUAUGAAUUUCGUAUUGGACUCAGGAGCAAGCAAUUAUUUUGUACAAAAGGAAUUGGAAGGAAAAAUUCUAGUGUGCAGGAGCUACCAAAUUAUGUGUCAAUACAUAUAGCCAAUGAAGAAAUUUUAAGGUCCAACAAGACGGGAGUGUUAAAAGCAGAGUGUCAAGGGGUCAAAUUGUCAAUUGAAGCACUCCUUGUUCCAGGUAUGAGGCACAAUUUGUUAUCAGCCUCAAAGCUAACUACAAUGGGGCACAAGAUUGUAGUUCACAACUAUAAAUGGUAGAAAUUUUGUGUUGAAGAGUGAAAACAAAAAUGGACUAUAUCUGUUACCAAUGAACAAGAUAAUAGAACUGUUGCCUCACCAGAGUGAGGCAACAGUGAGUAAAACAGUGAGUAAAAAAAGACAACACCAUUUUGUGCGGUUAUAACUGAUAAAAUUUCAAGAUCAUGGGAUUUUUUAAAUGUGAUGUAUUUUUCAACAGUAACGUAAAGCAAGAUUUUUUAUGAUAAAAGAUGGUGGAACUUUAUAGUGCAUCGUGAUUCUCUAUGGAAAUUUAAAAUCAAAUUAAAUAUUAUGAAUGCUAAAAUCUAAAAUUUGAUCAAAAUUGAUAACAAAGUAUAGAGAUACUGUUGCAUUGAAACCAGGAUUAUAUAAAUAUAAUACGGUUACUUUACAGUUACAACCUGAUGUGAAACCUGUCUCGUCAACCCUAGAAACUUGCCAUAUGCAUAUCGAAAUCAACAAGAAAUAGACCAAUUGGAGAGAGAAGGCAUCAUAGAGAAAGUGGUGAACAGUCAGUGGGGUACCCGAUUAGUGGCGAUUCCGAAGAACCAUGGAAGACUGAGGUUAUGUGGAAAUUUCAAAGCUACCAUAAACAAGUACUUUCAAGAGGUGAGACACCCGAUUCCAAUCGUGCAAAGCUUUAUCGAGGUGAGAGAUUUAGUAAAAUUGAUUUGUCUCAAGAGUACACUCAGGCAGGGAGAAAGAAAAAUGUCUAUUUUUCCAAGACUCAAUAAAUUUUUUGGGAGUUGUUAUUACUAAAGAUGGUAUCAGAAAGAUAAAAUUAAGGCAGUAGGAAGAGCUGGUAGACCAACGAAUAAAGUCCAAGUUAGGAGUUUUGUGGGUUUAGUUAAUUACUAUUCCAAAUUACUACAAAAUUUAACAACUCUAUAUGACUUAUUAAAGAGAAACUCUGUAUUUAGAUUGACUAGGGAGUGUGAAGAUGCAUUUAACGAGAUCAAACGGAGAAUAGCGGAGAAUGAGAGCAAAUAUGGUGUUUCUGGUAGUCUCAGCCAGAUCGAGAGGACGGUACGGAAAGACGAAAUGCGUGUAUAUCAGGUACACUGAUGCCAAGUAAGUCUAACUACAUUACACUUCAAAAUUUAUUAUUCAGUAAAAAAGUUUGAAAAAUACUUGGUAGGAAAAAGAUUAGUUCUGAAAAAAGACCAAAAGAGUCUUACAACAAUUUUGGAGGAGUAUAAAGACUUACUAGUGAUGCAUGCUAAUAGAAUGCAAAGAUGACCUCUUUAUUUGGCGGGUUUCUCAUAUAAAAUACAGGGAAACAAUAAUAGUUUUGGUUAGUUUGGUUAGAGUUCUGUUAAAAGAUAAAUUAAAAGAAUUCAAGGGCAAAGGAGAAUACUUAAAGUUUGUUGAUACAACUGCAGAUUGGCCGAUAGAUUGGGAUAGAGUGCCUGCAGAAUCGAGACUGGAUGUACAUCUGAAGAAAAUUAUGAUGAAAAAAUGAUCAGAUCUCAUACCAACGAGGAAUUUUAUGCUGGAAUCAUGUGAGAAAUUAAGGUAUGGAUUAUGACAGGAUCUACAUACAUCGUAUUUCGGAGUUAACAAAACUAAAAGUUGGGCGAGGUCUUAUAUAUGUUGGCCUGGGAUCAAUAAGGCAAGCGAGAUGAUAAUAUCCAGGUGUGUAUAGUGUUUGCAGGUACGCAAAAUCCAUCUAAAGCUCCAUUAACCCUCCUAAAGAAAUUUGGGAAAGAAUUCUAAUAGAUCUUUUGAAAUUGAACAAAUUUUAUUAAAUUAUGGUAGAUGCUUGUAGUAAAUAUCCAAUAGCAUAUCAGAUGAAUAAAAUGGCUGCGCAUAUUCGAUGUUCGGAAUACCCAAAAUGUGAGGCAGAAAACUCAUUGAAAACGUUGAAAGCAAAAUUAACAGCAGCAUUAUCACAUCCUAAAAACAAGAAAAUGGAUCUCAGUUUUGAUCGCCCGUUUUCUCUUUUCUAUAUAAAUGCAGAAUAUCAAACAAGCUCCAACUAUGACACUUUUUUUGGAAGACUGAAUAAUCGAACGUGGAAAAAUGGACCCCAGCUUCAGUAAUUAAUCAAAUAGGGAGAAGAACGUACCUGUAGGCUGAACGAAAAUGGUAAAAUAUGAAAUAUACAUGCGGAUCAAUGGAUCUGUAGAUUUGGGGACGAAACGAAACAAACAACAACAGGUGCUCGAUAGUCCACAAGUACUUGGCAAUCCACGGGCUCCAUGGGCCACAACAAGGGCUUGGUAAAUAGCAACGAAGGCUCAAUAAUCCAUAACAGGUACGACCCAAAGGCGACAAAGGCCAAAUAGGGAAAGUUACAGCACUUCAGAGAGACUGACAGUGCAGCAGCGUUCAGACCAAGCCACAAGACGAUAUGGCCAACCAUGUUCAGAGAUUUUGCGCGGUGGUCGAAAAAUUGUAAUUGUAAAUAUAACAACGUUUUAUAUAUCUGAUCAAAAUAUCAGAGUUUACAUAUUAGCUUUAAUUACUCCUAAACCAACAAACUAAACCUUUUAAUUGGAAAAUUCCCUUGAUAAGUACCAACGGUUACUAAUUGUGGAACGCUGUCAUAGUAUGAUCCCAAAAAAAAAAUGAUUACAGCAGAAUUCAUUUGUAGGCAUGACCGAUCUCUAACUACUAAAAACUAUUUUUC